CCUCAUUCACUCCCCAUUCGUCUUGUUCUCUCCCCAUGGCUCCCCACCCUCUUGCUAUCCUCUCCGAGGAGGAGACCAACCUAGCCCGCGAUGUCGUUCUCGCGGCGCACCCCAACACUGUCAUUGACUUCCGUGAGAUCUACUUGUCAGAGCCGCCCAAGGCACAGCUACUCGAGUUCCUCGCCCUGGAGCACUCGGGCCGUCUGAGCCCGACCACGCCUCGUCCUCAUCGUCUUGCAUUGUGCCAGUACGACGUUAUCGGCAGCGAUCACAUCCCGUCAUUUGAGGAGUCGAUUGUCGAUGUAGGAACACGCCGGCGUGUCCAGCAUCGUGUGGUCGGAAAGCAGCACCACGCCUCUUUGACUUUGAGUGAAUUCGAUACCCUUGUCGAGCGUUGCUUUGCCUCCCCCCUCUUCCAACAAGCUCUCGCCGACUUCGACCUCCCCGAAGGCUUCGAGGUGGUCAUCGAGCCGUGGCCAUAUGGUGGAUUGGACUACGUGGAUGAGAAGCGUCGGUACUUCCAGGGUCUGUGCUUCGCCACGGACAAGCGCAAGAAUAACCCCGAUGCCAACUUCUACUCCUACCCGCUGCCCAUCAUCCCGGUGAUGGAUGCGCUCACCCAGGAGAUCAUCCGAGUGGAUCGUCCGGCAACCGGUGGUAAGGGCGAUGGCCUGACGGAGCAGACAUUCAAGCGGGACAUCAUUGGCCACUGCAAGGACUCAGACUAUGUGCCCGAGCUGCUGCCCGGGGGCACUCGCAAGGACCUGAAGCCGUUGAACGUGGUGCAGCCGGAAGGCCCGUCCUUCCGGAUUACGAAUGAGUCGCUGGUUGAGUGGCAGAAAUGGCGCUUCCGCGUGGCCUUCAACCCCCGCGAGGGUGCCACGAUCCACGAUGUCUGGUAUGACGGUCGCAGUGUGCUUCACCGGUUGAGUAUCAGUGAGAUGACUGUGCCUUAUGCCGAUCCUCGACCCCCGUUCCAUCGCAAGCAGGCCUUCGAUUUCGGUGACGGCGGUGGUGGCAACAUGGCCAACAAUCUCUCGAUUGGAUGCGACUGCUUGGGAGUCAUCAAAUACUUCGAUGCUGUGAUGACCGGACCCGAUGGCUCGGCCAAGAAGAUGCCCAACGCCAUCUGCUUGCACGAGCAGGACAACGGCAUUGGCUGGAAGCACUCCAACUGGCGCACCGGCCGCGCCGUGGUGACCCGCCACCGGGAGCUGGUGGUGCAGUUUAUCAUUACCCUGGCCAACUACGAGUACAUCUUCGCCUACAAGUUCGACCAAGCGGGUGGCAUCACCGUGGAGUCUCGUGCCACGGGUAUCCUGAACGUGGUGAACAUCGACCCCGGCAAGGUCAGCGAGUACGGCAACGUCGUCAGCGGAGGCGUUCUGGCCCAGAACCACCAGCACAUUUUCUGUGUGCGCAUCGACCCGGCCAUUGAUGGGACCCGCAACUCGGUGCAGAUUGAGGAGUCGCACCCAGUGCCCAUGAACGCCAUGACCAACCCCAACGGCAACUUCUACAAGGUCACCACGGAGACCGUGGAGCGCGCGGGCUACUUUGAUGCGGCUCCGGAGCUCAACCGAACCGUCAAGAUGGUCAACCCUCAUAAGACGAACCCGAUCAGCCAGAAGCCGGUGGGAUACAAAUUCAUUCCGCUCGCGACGCAGCGCCUCCUCGCCGACCCGAACUCGAUUCAAGCGAGGCGGGCGCAGUUCGCGCAGCAUCACGUGUGGGUGACCAAGUACCGCGAUGGGGAGCUGUAUGCGGGCGGCCGCUACACCCUGCAGAGUCAGGAAGAGAUCGAAGGUGUGGCGGAUGCCGUGAAGCGCGGUGACUCGGUGGCCGACACGGAUGUGGUGGUUUGGAGCACCUUUGGCAUUACUCACAACCCCCGGGUGGAGGAUUGGCCUGUGAUGCCGGUGGAAAUUUUCCAAUUGAUGAUCCGGCCCGCGGAUUUUUUCACGGCCAACCCCUCGUUGGAUGUGCCGUCGGACAAGAAUGUUUCGUCGCGGGUGGUGGGAUCCGACUGCUGCCGACCGGCGCACAUCUAGAUGGGGUAUGGGACAUGAUUUACGAAUGGACUGUAUAUAUAGUUAGUUACAUAGUACUACCGGGUGGGACCGGUUCUUGCAUUAGUGGCAUUGGCGAUUGCUGCCCCAC